AGCCCUCCCCACACGCGCACCACAGCAGCCAGCGAGGCCGCCAGAGGAAGCGACCAAACCCAAACCCAAACCCAGCCUAGCCAGCCAUGCCCUCCACCUCCUCCUCCUCUCCCACAUGAACUGUGCGGUCCUCCCUUCCCUGCUCCUCUUCGUAUAUUGGAACCGGCGGCUGGAUGGUGACGGUGGGUUCUUGCGCGCCUGCCGCCGCCGCGGCGCCCCUCGGCCCCUCCUCGUCGAGGCGGCCGCCGGCGGGCUUAGGACCUGCCGGCUUCUUGCCCUGUUCCUCGGUCGCGCGGAGCCGCGGCGGCGCCUUGCUGGGAUGGGCACGAGGGCCCAAGAAGCCGCCGCCGCCACUCUCGGUGGCAAGGCUGAACCGGUUGCUUCCGGGAUACACGCGAAGAGAUGGGCAUGAAGGUGAUGAGAGUAGUCAAGGAAUGGAUGAUGCUAUUAUGUUUGGGCCAGAUGAUGAUGGUGCAAAGAUUCCUACUCAGGUAGAGACUCUCGUUAAGGGUACUGCAACGGUCGCUGCUCCAGAAUACAAGCCAAUCCCUGAUCUAGAUUACUUACAGGAGUUGCUGGCUAUUCAGCAGCAAGGACCCCGCGCAAUAGGUUUUUUCGGAACCCGCAACAUGGGGUUUAUGCACCAACAGCUUAUUGAGAUCCUGAGCUAUGCUAUGGUCAUAACAAAAAACCAUAUAUUCACAUCCGGGGCUUCCGGAACUAAUGCAGCUGUUAUCAGGGGCGCUUUAAGGGCUGAAAAGCCAGAGUUGCUUACUGUAAUUUUACCUCAAAGUCUAAAGAAGCAACCUCCUGAAAGCCAAGAACUGUUGUCUAAAGUACAAAACUUGAUUGAGAAACCUCAGUAUGACCAUCUGCCACUAAUUGAGGCUAGCAGGUUGUGCAACAUGGACAUUAUCUCGAAGGUCCAACAGGUGAUCUGUUUUGCGUUUCAUGACAGCAAGCUGCUGAUGGAAACAUGCCAGGAGGCCAAGAACCUUCGGAAGAUUGUAACGCUCUUCUACCUGGAUUAGCUCCUCGUCAGUGAUGUCCAAUCUUUUUUGUCCGUGCCGUAGUCUGGUGGAUUAAAGCAAGCUAUUCGGUUUAGUUAGUUUCUGAUAUAUGGGGUAGGUGGUGCCAUCUUCCAUUGAAGAAGAAAGUCAUUUUGUUUCGCCUAUUGUUUUUAUUCUUGUCACAAAAUCUUGUCAAAAUGCCUAGUUCGUCAGUUAAGGGAAUAAGUUAAAGUUUA